AUCUAAUAAUAAAUUAUUUAAAUAGUCUAUAAAAUCUCAUCAUUCGCUGAUCGAGGAUAGAAUAUUUUUUUGAAUUGAAUUGAAUUGAAUUGAAAAACUGUGAAGUAAGAGGUGGAACUAAACCGAAAGAGAAGCAUAAAUAUCACACUAGCGAUAUCUAUUUUAAACAAGUCAAAGGGGAAAUAUUUAUAAAUCAAUAUAUACAUAUAUUUUCCAUUUAGUCCUAUUAAUUGAAGUAAUAAUCUCAUUUAUACUAGGUUAUAUUAUCGUGCCACACCAUUAUUAAUUGUUUGCAAAUAUGUCUACUGAAGAAUCUAAACCAGUCAAGCCAAUCAUUGAAGACAGAAUUUAUGUCAGUAAUGUUGACUUCAAGGCUACUGAAGAUGAAUUAAAGGAAUUAUUCGAAGGCUUGAAAGUCACUGAAGUUCAAAUUCCAUUUAAGGAAACCAAACGUGGUGAAAAGACCUUCAAGAGACACUUGGGUUUCGCUUUUGUACAAUUUGAAACUAAAGAUGAAGCUGAUAAAGCAAUUGAAGAAUACAAUGGUAAGAAGUUCCAAAGAAGAAAUAUUUUUAUUAAGAAGGCAGUUCCUCCACCAACUGAAGAAGAAAAGAAGGUAAGAAUAGAAGAAUACAGAGCUAAGAGAGAAGAAAAGAAGCAAGCUGAAAAGGCUGCUAAAGCAGAAAAAGAAGCUGCCACUUCAUCUGCAAAGGAAAAGUCUGUGAAACCUGCUACUACCAAGUCUGAGUCAAAUGGUGAAGAAAAGGUUCCUGAAGGUAAAGCUUCUACUGAUACUAUUUUCAUCACUAAUCUUGACUAUAAGGUCAAUGUUAAGACUUUAAAUGCUCUUUUCAAAGAUUUGAAACCAAAAUGGAUACAUGUUCCAACCAGAAAAGUUCCUCUUCGUAUAUUAAAGAGAAGCCAAAAUAGCAAACCUUUUAACAAGGGUAUUGCCUUUAUUAAGUUUGCUAAUGAAGAAACUCAAAAGAAGGCUGUUGCUGAAUUUAAUGGUAAGGAAGUUAAUGGUAGAGAAAUUAUCGUUGAUAUUGCUAUCGAUGCCAGAAUUCCAAAAGAUUCUGGUAAAAGUGAAGAUGACUUGGAAGCUGACGCUACUGAAGGUACUACUGAAGCUGAAUCUAAUGGUGCAGCUGAAGAAGAAUCUGGUUGAACAGAGACAAAAACAAAUCACAAUAAGCAAAAAUCACAUAACUUGAAAAGUUGAUUUUAAUAAUUUGUUAUAUUGAAUCUGUAAUUAUUAGUAU